AUGAAUCAAUCAAUGUUAAAAUUUAUUAGCAAAUUAGCACUAGUUAUACUAUGCAUUCUUGGACUUAUAGAAUUAGGAUUAGCUAUAUGGACAGUUCUUGAAGAUCAAUAUAAAAGUUUAGCAUAUAAUCUUGCUGAUGUUGGUUAUAUUGAUUUAUGGAUGUUAAGAUAUUUAUCUAUGUGUUUAUUUGCUUCAUCAAUUAUUACAUUAGUAAUGUGUCUUAUUUUAUUUUGGGGUUUAUUAUCAGCACAUAUAUUUAUAUUUAUUUCAACAACAAUGAUUGGUUUAGUUAUUAUUGCAGAAUUUAUAAUAUCGAUAUUAACAUUUACAAGUAAAUUUCAAAUGAGAUUAACACUUCAAGAACAAUUACCAAAAUUAGUAAUCACUUAUCGACAAGGUAACGAUGAACGAGCUACUCGAGCUUUAGAUAUUCUUCAAUCAGCAUUUCGUUGUUGUGGAUCUGAUGGACGUUUAUCAUAUCAAAAUAAUGUUCCAUUAAGUUGUAAUAUGUAUAGUAUUGGAUGUCUUCAACGAACAAUGUAUUUUAUUGAUUCGUGUAUGGAUGUAUUGGCUUAUCUAAUAUUAUUAUUUAGUUUAAUAAAACUUCUUAUUGUUAUAUUUUUCUAUUCAUUUCUUUGUAUACAACAACGACAUCGAAAAAAACAUCCAGAAGAACAUCGUCAAACAUUGAAUGAUUCAAAUCAUUGGCGUCAAUCAUCUAGUUUUGAUUCAUCAUCAUCAGAAAAUAUUCCUAAAAAAAUUCUUCUAUCACCAUCAGCAAUAGCAAAUCAACGCGAAAAUCUUCACCAUGAUAAUGAUUAUAAUGAAAAACGACGUGUUAUACUUAAUGAUUAUGAUUCUCAUUCACCAGAUAAACGAGUACAAAAUGCAGCUAUACUUUUAUCGUUACCACUGCCAUCUUCAAAUACGAAUCUUUUACCAUCAACAUUUGAACAACAAACAUUAAGGAAAUUAUCAUCGAUAUCAGAAAAAACCGAAAAAACUGAAACAGAUGAUAGUGAACCUGAUCUUCUACGCAUUAAACAAUAUAAUCCAAAAAGAAAAGCAAUUAUCACUGCUGUUCAUCAGAAACAACAACCACCGCCUCCACCAUUACCAAAAUCUCUACCACAUAUUAAAAAUCGAAAACAAAUAAUAGGCGAUGAUGAAAAUGAUCAUGAUUCAGGUGUAGAACAUUCACCAUCGGAAAAAUCUUUUGAUGAACAAAAUUCAAGUAAACGACGUUCGACUACUCCAACAUCAGUUGAUACAAAUAGCAAAUCAAAUAUAUCAAUUAAGAAAUCAAAAAUCCCACCAACACUUAGUUUUUCGAAUGUUUUUGUAACAUCUGUUUCUCAAGGCGAUGGAAAUAUACGAUCGCAUGAUGAUGAAGUUAAAAAACCUUUAACAGCAUCUCCAUCAACUUCGUCAUCAUUUUCUGAUCAAUUAUUAUUAGCGGAUAUAACAACACCUAAACCAAUAUUAAAAAAAUCUAUUCAACAAUCAUCACCAUUAAGUGAACCAGAUCGUAUUCCACCAAGUUAUCAAGAUCAAAAGAAAAUUUUACCAAUUAUAAAUACAAAAUCUUAUGUAAAAUUACCAGAAUUUCAUUUAAAUAAUAAUCUAACAAAAAUUUAUGUACCUUAUAAACCGAAAGAAACUCCUUUACUACAUAAAAUACCAAAACCAGCUCCACGUCCAAGUCUAAAACAAUCGUCAAUGGAGAAACACAAUGAAAGUCUUGUUUAA